CGCUCCGCGGCCCCAUCGCGGUUUCCACCUACAGCUCCAUUGGCAGUGCCCACAUGGCGGCCCCGCCCCAUACCGGCAGACCAUUUGCAUUCUUCAUUUCACCAUCUGAGAAGCGUCUAGCUGCGGAGGCGAUGGCGACAUGCUCGGCCCCUCGGCUUCCCACAGGCGCAGGGCGUCGUGCCGUUCACGGCCAGCCUCGGCAAGACAGCUGAGGACCUCGAGGCCCUGGCGGCCAGCCUCACCGUGGGCGCCAGCCCCACAGGUCAAAGAUGCCCCUCAGCGAGAUGUUACUGGCUCAGGCCCAUACAUCCUGACAGCAUGGUGCGCCUUUUUCUCGACAUGGCCGUCAUUCUCGUUCUUAUAUUUGAUUCCGUCAGCGUGCCAUACCAGAUAAGUUUCAACCCUGACGUCACGGCAAGUUUCUGGCUCAUUGGGAAUUUGAUGACUUUGUUGGUUUGGUCGUUGGAUUUGUGUGCCGGUUUUUUUACCGGCUAUUACGACAUGGGCGGGGUAGUCAUGAACGUUCGGAAAAUUACGAAGCGCUACCUCAGCUCGUUCUUUAUCAUUGACCUGUUGACUGUUGGUACCGAUUGGCUAAGCAUGACAUUCAACCUCCUCAUUAUAUCUGGCAGCACCCUGGUGGACGGGAACGGUAACAACACCACCUUUCUGAAGCUGUUCCGCGUGCUCAAAUUAAAUCGGAUGAUCCGACUUGUAGGGGCUCUGCAGAGCGGAAAGUUCGGCCAACUGCACGACCGGCUCAUCAGUUGGUCUUGGCAGCUCGGCGUGGAUCGCCAAUUGCAGUUUGGCGUGAGCGUCAUGUACCUCACGUUCGCAGUCUUGUGGUUGAACCACAUCGGUUGUUGUUUCUGGAAUGCGAUCUACGACGAGGGGGUCCGGAAGUGGGAGGGGCAGGCAAAAAUAUUUGGCGAGGACCCCGCCACGGAUACGGAGAGCCAUAGAUCCGACAUGUGGCAGUAUUGCCUUGGUUUUUGUUGGUCUAUGACCUCCAUGGCGUCGGGCUCAAGCAUAAUGAACCCGACUAACAUGACCGAGCUUGUGUUCACAAUCAGCUACGUGCUCUUCGGUCUCCUCGUCGGCAGCUCGCUCAUUUCCUCGCUGGCAGCCAUGCUGCUGGACCUGCAGAUGAACAGCAAGGAGAAGAGGGACAGCAUCCGGCGGCUGCGGCAGUACCUGUACCAACAGGGCCUGGAGGUGGGCCUCUCCCUCGCCGUGGAGAAGGAGGUCGUGUCCCGCAUUUCGCAGGAGAAGCGCCUUGGGGCCAACGAGGUGGAGUGCCUGGCCCUCCUGUCUGCAGCCAUGCGCUCCUCCCUCAACUACGCCAUAUACUGCAAGCCGCUGAGGCAGCAUUCGUUCCUCGGGGCAUGCGACGUCCUUGACAGGUCGGGCGUGUUUACCAGGGAGCUCUGUGAGUAUGCCGUUUGUCACGCUACCGUUAGACCUGGGCACCCAGUGUUCACGCACGGCGAGCAUUGCGACGGACCAUUCUAUAUCGUAUUGGGCGAGCUUGAGUACCUGUGCAAGGCGAGGGAACCUGACGUGGUGGUACAGUCCAAACGGGCUUCUAAGGGCGAGUCGAAGGAGCAGCAUGUGACAGUCAAGACUGGCCAGUGGCUAUGCGAGAUGGCGAUCUGGUUGGAAUGGAAGUGCAGGGGCUCGCUGGAAGCGUGCGUGCCGAGCGAGUAUUUCCAGCUGAAGGCGGACGUGCUGUUACAGAACCUCUCGCAGUCUCAGGACCUGGCGUUCAUGGCCCGCGCGUACGGGGAGGCCCUGUGCAACGCGGUGGAGACCGAGGAGAGCGAGCCGCUGACCGACCUGCCCCUGAAGGAGGAGCUCCACCAGAGCGCCGUGCUCUCCAUGCCGCCGCAGGGCCGCAGGGGCAUGUCCGUCGCCGCGGUGCGGCUGCUCGAGUCGGAGCAGGGCAGGCACCGCCUCACCUUCGGCCGCUCCCCGCCGAUCCCGAAGCUGAUCGAGCAGGUGGAGCAGGGCAAGUGCGACCUCGUGAUCGUCCAUGGCCAGGUGGUCCGCGUGGUGUCCGUGGUGGUUCUUCGGCUGGAGCGGCACGUGCUCGGGCCGGACGGCAAGAUCGUCAGGCAGCUGCUCGCCCAGCUCGGCAAAAGCCUCGUGGCCGACGACGCGAAGUGCCAGCUGCCGGGCGGGAAGGUCCGCGCCGGGGAGCUGCCCGGCGACGCGCUGGCGCGCCUCCUCGGCGGGCAGCUGUGCGGCCUGCGGGGCGCGGGUCUGAGGCAGGAGGAGCUCGCGAAGGUGGACGGCGUCAUCGAGCUCACGGAGAGCGCGGAGUCCGGGGCCGACGAGCUGCGGGUGUCCUCGCUUGCAGACCUGAUCGUCAGCAGCGUCGUCCAGAUCGAGCAGGAGCGCGGAAAGCAGUCGGAGGUACGGACCGUGACCGGGAUCGACCGGUUCGCUGGCCAGAUUGAGCUGGACAGGCCGUUGAAGCACCCCUACGCGGCCAGGUCGCGGGUCACCAAGGCGAGCGGCUCGAGAAGCUCGAGCGAGUACGGCGUGGAGACCAAGUACAUCCUGAUGGCAUCUUCUGCUGCGGCCUCGACGAGCGAGGGCAGAGCCUGGCAGCUCCAGGCGAAUGGGUGCGCCCGCUCGUGCGCUGCGCCCGCUCGCACGUGUUCUCCCACACGGUCUCGUUCGGCGGCCCCCGGUCGCCCCUCGGCGAGGCCCCGCAGGACCCGACGGCGGACUACGAGGCGGGGGGCCGAACAGAGCAGCAAGUCACAAGACAGCUCGCUCCGCUUGGGCCCCGCCAGCGCAAACGGCGAGCACACAUCGGGCUGCGCAUGCCAGUCGAUUUGGCAGGGUGUGGACCGGAGUUUGUGCUUGGCCCGCUAAUUACGAACCAAGGCAUCUCGACUGGGCGGCGAGUCGCGGGCGACGAGGUGUCUGCAUAUUGCCGAGGCCGCGUUUUUUUGGACGGUCAGCGCCCCGCCCACGGGGAGAGGCCAUUUGAAGGAUUUCCUCUCCUGCUCCCCCGCCUCAGUUUCGUCAUCCUGGUCAUCGUUCUUCUCAUCGUCGUGGUCGUCGUCCUCCUCCUCCUCCUUUUCCUCCUCCUCCUCCUCCUCCUCCUCCUCCUCCUCCUCCUCCUCCUCCUCCUCCUAUAAUUUGAUCCACGUGCAUACACCUUCGGAUUCGCAUACUCAGAAUGUGUAGUUUGCAUGGACGGCGAGCCUGCCAUAUUGAGUACACCGAGGCGCACAAACAAAGCCUUGGUGUACCCACCACCAUGGCAUACUCAGGCGGAGGUGGGUCGCCAAAGUGAUGCGUGUGCCGAGUCGCACCUAUCGUGGUGGUCGCCGCCUUUGUGUCCCUCGUGGUCAGAGUUCCUGUGGUAGCUCCGGGCGCGCUCGGCGUCGGAGCCUGCAUUGCGUUGGUCGCCGAUGGCCAGUUCGUCGCGGAACGGCCCGUUGGCUCCUCUCGGCAUCGCCAUGCCCUUGCCAUUGGCCGACGGGGGUUGGCCAUGAUUGUCGUUGCUUGCUGAACCAAUGUAUCAGUGGUUCAAGGAUGGGGUCCUGAAGGACGGGG